GCAGCUUCAACAUAUAUUUUGAUGACAAUCUUUCUUUACUUAAGAAGACUCCAUCUACUUAUAAGUGCAGUAGUCUUCAUGUGCUUUCACCUAAAACGGAAAAGCACAGCUAGCAAGAAUGAAGUUGAAUCUAGCCAGUGGACUGCCAGUCCAGGUUUUUCAAACUUGUCCAACAGUCCCUGCCAAACACCUUUAUCUUCUAAGGGGGGAAGGACAAACAACAGGUCAAAGGCAUCAAAGGGCUAUGGAGCAACUCCUCAAACUCCUGUGUCAAAUGCUGGUUCCCCUUCCACUCCCACUCCUGCUGGCAGCUGUCGUCAUGAUAGUUCUUUAGUUGCUUUGACAGAAAAGUUUGUCAAUCUAAUAAGCCAAGCUGAAGAUGGUAUGCUUGACCUCAAUAAUGCUGCGGAAACUUUAAAGGUACAAAAGCGGAGGAUAUAUGACAUAACAAAUGUCCUGGAAGGCAUUGGUCUUAUUGAAAAGAAGCUCAAGAACAGAAUACAUUGGAAGGGACCUGAUGCUUCGAAGCCAGGGGAACUGGAUUGUGAUGUCUCCCUACUAAAGGUAGAUGUUGAAAACCUGUCCUUGGAAGAGCACAGAAUAGAUGAUGAAAUAAGAGUAAUGCAGGAAAGACUGAGGGAACUCAGUGUAGAUGAGGACAACCAGAAGUGGCUUUUUGUAACUGAAGAAGACAUAAAGGGUGUACCUUGUUUUCAGAAUGAAACCCUUAUAGCAGUUAAGGCUCCACACGGAACUACUCUGGAAGUCCCUGAUCCUGAUGAAGGUAUUGACUACCCUCAGAGGAGAUACAGGAUAAUUCUUAGAAGCACAAUGGCUCCUAUUGAUGUUUACCUUGUUAGUCAAUUUGAGGAGAAGUUUGAAGAAAUGAGCAUAAGUGGGGUUGAGCCACCUUCGAGUUUCCCACAUGCUUCUUGUUCAGGCUCUGAUGAAAAUCAAGUGGAAUCAGUCACUCUGGAGAGUGUCAGAAAGGAUAUUGUUUCCCAGGCACAACAACAUGCUCAUGAAAUGGGUUCUGACCUUGAUGGUUCACAGGAAUUUGCUGGGCAGAUUACGAAAAUUGUUCCUUCGAAUGAUAAUAAUGCAGAUUAUUGGUUUCUAUCAGAAGAUAGUUUUAGCAUAACAGAUAUGUGGAAAACAGACUCAGGCGUUGAGUGGACUGAGGAAAACAUGCUUAGCACCGACUUUGUAAUGGCUGAUGUCAAUACCCCUAGGCCACAAACUCCGCCAUUUACACAUGCUGACGUGCCAUCUACUGCUGUUAACUUUAACUGAAGGUAAAAUCAAUUUGCUUACUGAGACAAUUUGAGAAUUUCAGCAACGCCAAUCCUUCUGAUGCAUGUACCAGUGCUUAGGGAUGCUGAGGAGUUUCUUCAUUCAUGUGCAUUGGAGAGGAUGGAUAGUAAGCUGAGAAUUCUUCCAAUUGCCAACACCAUUGAGCAAUUUCUGAACCAUCAUUUAGUUACCAAUAAAAGUGUUGCCAUCAUAUUCUGGGCAAAAGGGUGGAUAUCAAAGAUGGAAUAAGUGCAAUGGAUGUCUUACCAGUAUAAACACAUGACUAAACCUGCAUACAGACUGUAGCUGUCUUUUGCUUGAAAUAUGGUAGCAAUCAACUAGCUAUUCCAACCCUAGAUUUGCGGACUUGGUGCACUGGAUAGUAUGAUCACUGAGAUUCCAUGCCUUAGGUUCCAUUCAUCUGAUUUUUUUUUUUUUUUUAUUGAGUUUGGGAAAUAUUUAGGGGAAGGGGAAGUCAUCUGGCGAAGUUCAACUCAGGACUUUGAAGUCUCUAAGCUCUUUGGCCGCUUAGAGAAUGGACUACUAGGCCGAGCUGGCCGGUUCUCAACUUCUCAUUUGAUUGUAUGUUGUUAAGAGUUGGUAGACACAUUAUACCAUCAUUAUUACAGAACUGUGCUGAAUUUCUGAGCCAUGUUAAAUUCCU